UGUGCGGUUGCAACGGCUGGCAAAGUUCCAGAGUUCCGGUCAGUUUCCUUGUGAAGUUCGUACGUUAGAGUGAGAGAUGGGCACACGCUGCCGGCAGCGAAGUGCGAAACAGAAGCAAUAAAGCAAACCAGGAAAAUUAAAACACACGGAGUGUGAAAAACGGUGAAAAGUGAGUUUUUCCUCCGUUUGGGCUCGCAUCUGUAUCUAGUAGCUAGUAGUCGGCACGAUACGGCGGCGUGAAACGUACAGUCGGAACGAAGUGCUGCAUAGUUGUCGGGUUUUUAUUACCGUCGUCGUCGUCGUGUUAUUUGCACUAGGUGAAAAUACAAACAAAUAACAUAUUUUGAAUACUUUGCGCCACCGACCGAGCCGCUGACAUAUUUGUAGAGAAGGGGCCACCGACAGCGACAAUCAUCAGCCGCAGGAGAUCCAGGUUUCACUUUUCCGGAUUAAAGAACGAAAUUGGCGCGCAGCUGUUAGAAGAUUGAGCAUACCAGUCAAUAGAUAGAAAGAAGCGUGCGGCGUGAUAAUGUGUGCCGACCGAAAAGUGAAAAGUCCCCAAAUGUGUGGUGUCCACUUCUGGGGUUUAGUGGUUAUCCUCACGUUGUCCAGCUUUGCGGUCGGGGCUUACGGGGGAUCCUGCCGGGAGGCGUCCCUCUGCUGCAACGGGCGCGAUUCGUCCUGUGUGGUACAAAAAGCACCACUGAAUGCGAUUAUCGAGGAUUUAAAUGAUAAGCCCUGUUACUGUGAUCACGCCUGUUUGCGGCUCGGCGACUGCUGCGAGGACUUCAAGUCCCACUGUGGGGUGAUCGAUUGCGUCGUGAGCGAGUGGGGCCCGUGGAGUGAGUGCGACACCGCCUGCGGAACGGGCAUGAUGUCACGGACCAGGAUAAUUGAACAGAAACCGCAAAACGGCGGCAAACACUGUCCAUCGUUGGUGCAGAAACGCGGCUGCCAAGGACUCAAGUGCCACAACCAUCACGAUCGGAAGGUGCUGCGAGAAACUGCACUCUUGCUGCCAGCGGAUCUUUCCAAGAGCAGACACGAGAACGACACCAGUGACAUCCGCCGCAACUUGAGACUGCGAUACAAGAACGCAUUCAAACACAACCGAGGAAACGAGUACUGCAUAGAGUUCGAAGUAAUUAAAGCAACCAAGGCCUGCCACCGGGACAAAACCUACAGCGCCCUGGCCGAGGGAGACCGCGUAGUUGUGCGCUGCGAGCUGGAGGCCCUGCACGAGGACAAGUCGAUGAUGGGGGACACGGUGGCGGAGAUCUCGAACAACUCAAUCCAGGACGACGAAGCGGAUGAGCGCCAGCAACAGCAGGAACGUAAACCGAAAUUCCGAUGUCGCGGGGAGGGACUGACCGGACGCAGCACGCGGUUCUCCAGCUUGGCUCUGCCGUCCUGCCGGGGCAAGUGGAUGCGCGUGACGACCAAGCAGCUGAAAAAAUGCUCCACCAUCGUGGCACAGUUCAUUUUCGUCUAGAUGCGACUGCCGCCUCGGAACGAGGUGCGACCAGAGCCACGACGAGAUAAUGGAAUGGGUGGCGAAUCCUUUCGAGAAGAGCAAAAAACGCGACACCGUGUGAAAGUGACACCAUAAAUGUGUGUAUCAUUGACAAUAUUCAACUAUUGGGAGGGACAGUUUGUAGAAAGGGGAGAAGCUCGUGGAACUCAAUAAAGUCACUCGGUAUAAUGAAAACUGUUGAAAGUGGUGGAAAAAAAACUAAGAAGACUAACGACGGGGAGACAACCUUGGCAUGCAGAGAGAAAAACUAUGUCACACGAUAUGAGCACGAAAAGGACGACGGGAACUUGUUAGUUCUAGGACAGGUGGCAGUGACAUUUACUGUCACAAGUUUUUAAAUCUUAUCUUGAUAGAGAAGAAGAGAAUGGGAACCUUAUCGAGAGAUUUUAUAUUCUAAGACAUAGAUAAGUAGUUAAAUCUAGGGGAAAACAGGACAAACCGAACUCGACUAAGUUGGCUGAAAUUAUAUCAAUCACUAUUUAUUCGUCACAUGACACUAAUUAAACGAAAUGAACGGCAAAGUACUCGAAUUAUUAAUAAUUUUAAAACAUCUAAUUGUGGAAUACUCUUCAGUCACUUACUUUUUCAUUUAGGCAAUCUUUCUUUCAUCGUUUAAUAUGAGGUCACAUCAAGUUUUUCUUUUGAAAUCCCCUAAAAGCAAGAACGUUUCAUCUUAUCUUUCAUUUCCAUAAAUAAAUUCCUCAAAUCAAUACAAGUUACAUUAUAUAUUAGUGCCAUAUCGGAAGUAUCACAUAUUAAUCCAUUAUGCAGCAAUAAUUACCUUUAGAGUGCAUCAAUCAUCGCUUCAGUCUUGUAAAGAUGGAACAUGAAAAAACCAGUUACAGCUAGGGGGAUCCAGUUCUUAAUGAUAGGUUUAAUCUUGUGGUUCAGUUGAAAAGUGUAAAAUAAUGUUCAAUACAGAAUUCUAAACCAA